CAAUCAUAUAAAAUGGAAGAGGAGUCAUUAGAGCUAAAACAUGAAGGAAGUCCUGUUUUAGAAAAUAACACACUGGUGGAAAACACUGAAACUAUUGAGGAUCCAACAGAGGCAGCAAGUGCCCAGGUUGGGGAGGAAGAAACUGAAGAAACUGAACCUCCUCACAUCUCAGAAGGUGUUGAGGAUGAUGUGGUCAAGCAGGGUUCACAGCUGACAGAAGACAUGUCUAUUGCUGACACAAGUGAACCACAGAUAUCUGAAACCGAGUUUGGGCAACAUAUGAUCACAGAAGAGGAGGAUGGAAUAGAACCCCUUAUAAAGGAGACCUUGGAGGACACAGAGGGUCCUGAAAUAGGACAUUUCAUUGAUGAUCUUCUAUCACAUGAGGACACUGAAGAGGAAAACGAGGAGGAUAGACAUCCAGCUCCUGAUCCAGAGAGUGAGAGAACCAGCCCUCCUAAUGAAUCAACGGUGCCUGCAGAAGAAGAGGAGACUGGCCUCAACAUCAACACUACAGAAUAUAUGGCCCUGCUACCUGAACUACAGGCUGAGAGUCAAACGCUCAGCAAGCUAAAUGGUCAGUUGCAGACCAAAAUAGCAGAGCACCUCAGUAAGAAGGCAGGUGAUAAACAUCCCAGACUGGACAGAGAUAUCUCUGACCAGGAGCAGUACCAAAAGUACAUGGAUCUCAUGGAGCAGCUAAAAGUGCAGCACCACCAUGUCUCAGAGCUCCACCAACAGCGGACUGAAGAGCUCCGCCAGCAGAGCUUAGAGAAACUUAAGCAGGUGGAGCAUGAGCUGAGAUCCUUAGCUGCACUGAAAUAUGAAGCUGCCAUGACAGCACUGACCGGUAAGGUGGGCAAACAAGCAGCACUGACAAAGGUGGAGAAGCUGCAGGCAGACGAACUGAAGCAGGAAGACAAGCUGGCAUCUGUGCGUCUCAACAAUAUCAAGCUCAAGAAUAAAAUAAGUCAGCUUGAGAUGGAACUUAAAUCCAAGCGUGAGCUUGCUGAUGGUUUGCUGCUGAUGGACUUUGAGCAGCUCAAAACAGAGAACCAGACAUUUAAAGACAAGCUGAAGGAGCGCAGCGAGGAGCUACUUAGGCUGAAAAGGAAGGUUGCCUGCUCUGUGCAGGGCAUUUCCCAUGUGAAAGAGAAGCUGCAUUUCAUGCAUAUGGAGAAUAAGGUCAAACACUCUCAACUGGCGAAGACAGACGCAUUGGUGGCUCUUAAACGUGAAGUGCUAACACGUACUCGACAGGCUCGUGACGGCCUGCGUGCAGACAACCUUAAGCUGCAACAGCGCUGUGGUCUGCUGGGAAACACUACACUGCUGCAGGACUUUGAGGAGAAGGUAGACACCUCUGAAUGCCUGCAGCAGAGACUAGAGAUGUUGAAGAGACGUCACGCUGAGCUCACGCUGAAGUGUGCUGGAAUCAAGCAGAAGAUUGAGCAAAGCAAUCCAGAGGGCCAGUGACAACACAGGUGCACAUGCUUACCUUCAGUAAUUGAGUUCAAUAUUUAGAGUGUAACUUGACAAAGCAUAUCCUAUGCAAAGCAUUAAAUGUUUUUACAAAAGUGAAAUAUUGAUUGUUGAGGCACAAGAGGAAUUCUACGAAAAUAUCCAUAAGGAUGUUCAUUUGCCAGUUUUGUGCUGUGUUGUACUUUAUUGGAAUUAAGUGCAUAAUAUAAGACAAUUAUUACCAAGUAGAACAAAAACAAUUUAAGUUUCUUUAAUAGUCCAACGUGUUAAUAUUUGGAAAAAAGGCAAUCAUGAAAUUAUGAUUUAGAAGAUUAAUAUAAUGUGGUAAAAUACCAUAUAUGGCACUUGUAGUGCCUGAAGUUAAUGAUUAAGGUGCUGUGUAGCAAUCAUGUUGUUGUCAGUAAAAACAAGGUGACUGCUGUAUGUUUACAUGCAUUAUUCUGCAGUAAAAGUUAGAAAAGGUAUUUUGUGCAGUAGACGUAUAUAAAACUCAAACAGAAAACAUGCA